UGAGCCAUAUAAAUAAGAGGAGAUCAAAUCUCAAAGUCCACCAGGGAAGAAAAACAAUUAACAAAGCCUUUUAGAGCUAGUACAUACAAGUUCUCAUUUGCAAGCUCAUAUUUUCUUUUCAAUAACCCUUUCUCUUAAAAUUAGAAGCAAAAAUGGAUAGGGUAAGAGAGUUGGCAUCAAAGAAGGCAGCAGUUAUAUUCACCAAGAGUUCAUGUUACAUGUGCCACAGCAUCACGCAACUGUUCUAUGAGCUUGGAGCAAGCCCAGCAGUGCAUGAGCUAGACAAGGAUGCAUAUGGGAGGGAAAUGGAGUGGGCUUUGAGGAGCAUGGGGUGCAACCCUUCAGUGCCAGCAGUGUUCAUUGGUGGAAAAUUUGUAGGCUCUUCAAAGGAUGUCAUAUCCCUCCAUGUUGAUGGCUCUCUCAAACAAAUGCUCAUGGCUGCAAAAGCCAUAUGGUUCUAGUACUCAAUUAUAUGCUCCUUAAGAUAUAUAUUUACAUGAAGGAGCUCUUAUAUAUAUACAAUGUUUUAAGUCAAGGGACACCCCUUCUUUUUCUUGAGUGUCCUCUUUAGCUUGUGAUGUAUCAAAGAGGAAGUCUGUAUAAAAAAAAAAUGUAGUCUUGCUUUUUUGGUAUGUAUGUAUUUUAUAUAAGGCUGGCUGGCUUACUAUAUAUAUAGCUAAUGCCUACCAUGUUAUGAAACUUGAUCAUGUGGGAGGAAAUUAACUGAUGCUCCUACUUUACUUAAUGCAACUUUGAACUUUCUUGCCUUUAUC